ACUGUCAUCUAUGUCAUGACCCCAGCCCCUUCAUUAAAGACACUUAGGAGCAGACAGAACCUGUAUGAUCCCUACACACAGAGGUGGCAAGACAGCCGCAACCCAGCAACUAACAAGACAGAGAUGGAAGACCCAAUUCAGUUAAAAGAAGAAGGCAACAAGUAUUUCCAGGCCAGUGACUAUGACAAUGCUAUCCAGAGUUACACAACGGCCAUCAAACUUACCAAAGACAAAAAGGCAUUGGCAGUGCUUUACAGAAAUCGGUCAGCCUGUUAUCUGAAAAAGGAAAACUAUGUUCAAGCAGCAUCUGAUGCAUCCAAAGCUAUUGAUGUCAAUGCUGCAGACAUUAAGGCACUUUAUAGACGAAGUCAAGCCCUGGAAAAGCUGGGUAAAUUGGACCAGGCAUUUAAAGAUGUGCAACGAUGUGCAACAAUUGAACCCAAGAAUAAAACCUUCCAAGAAACCCUCAGGCGGCUAAAUAUGGAAAUAAGUGAAAAGCUACAUAUUCAGUUCUCAACAGAUUCUAGAGUACAGAAGAUGUUUGACAUACUGCUUGAUGAAUCCAGUGAUAAAGAAACAAUAGAGAAGGCUGCCAACAAUCUAAUUGUCCUUGGAAGAGAAGAUGCAGGAGCAGAAAGGAUUUUUCAGAAUAAUGGUGUGAAUUUACUACUUCGGCUGAUUGAAACUAAAAAUCCAGAAAUGAUCCUGGCUGCUGUGAGGACACUUUCAGGCAUGUGCAGUGGACACAGAGCAAGGGCCACAGCUGUCCUUCACUUAAUUGGCAUAGACAAGAUCUGCCGCAUUAUGGCUUUAAACCAUGAAGAUAUUGCCUUGGCCACAUGCAACCUUCUACAGUCUAUCUUGGAUUCUCUCACAGGAGAAGAUAAGAAAGAAGUCCGGGGAAAAGAAGACGCGUUAGUGCUUGACACAACUAAGGAUAUCCGGCUGAUUAUAACACAUCUUCUGGAUAUGUUGGUCUCCAAAUCGGUUUCUGGACAUGGAAGAGAUCAAGCCCUUCACUUACUAAAUAAAAAUGUACCCAGAAAGGACUUGCGUAGCCCAGAUAACAGCAGAACACUUUUUGUUGUUGAUCAUGGUUUAAAAAAGAUUUUAAAAGUAGCGGGGCAGGUCCAAGAUACACCAGACUGCUUACCUCUGACAGACAAUACUUGCUUUACUACUUCUGUGCUACUAAACAAACUAUAUGAUGACUUGAGAUGCGACCCAGAAAGAGAUGACUACAGAAAAAUAUGUGAGGAGUACAUUACGGGCAAGUUUGAUCCUCACGACAUGGACAAGAAUCUGCAUGCUAUUCAAACAGUGUCAGUACUGCUGCAGGGACCUUUUGACCUGGGAAGUAAGUUGCUGGGGUUGCAAGGUGUCAUGGAAAUGAUGGUUGCUCUUUGUGGAUCAGACCGUGAGAUUGAUCAGCUGGUUGCCGUUGAAGCCCUUAUUUAUGCAUCUACCAAACUGGCGAGGGCUUCAUUUAUCAUUUCAAAUGGAGUGGAUCUACUUAAAGACAUAUACAAGAAAACAAAGAACGAAAAGAUCAAAAUAAGAGCUUUAGUGGGUCUUUGUAAGCUAGGUUCAGCUGGAGGCAGUGACUACAGUUUACGACAGUUUGCAGAAGGAUCUACAGAAAAACUAGCAAAACAAUGCAGAAAGUGGUUGUGCAACCCAAACCUUGAUGUUCGAACCAGGAAGUGGGCUGUGGAAGGCUUGGCUUACCUAACCGUAGAUGCCGAUGUGAAGGAUGAUUUUGUAGAAGAUGAGACUGCACUGCAAGCAAUGUUUGAGCUAGCAAAGACUACUGACAAGACCAUCCUGUAUGCAGUUGCUAAUACACUUGUAAACUGUACUAACAGUUAUGAUGUGAAGGAGGUCGUCCCUGAAAUGGUACAGUUGGCCAAGUUCUCCAAGCAGCAUGUUCCUGAGGAGCACCCAAAGGAUAAGAAGGAUUUUGUACUAAAGCGUGUGAAACGAUUGUUAAAGGCAGGUGUAAUCUCAGCUCUUACCUGCAUGGUUAAAGCAGACAGUGCAAUACUAACGGAUCAAACCAAAGAGCUUUUGGCAAGGGUGUUCCUUGCUUUAUGUGAGGAUAGUAAGGACCGUGGCACCAUUGUAGCUCAAGGAGGUGGAAAAGCCCUGAUACCACUGGCAUUGGAAGGUUCGAGCACUGGUAAAAUAAAGGCUGCUCAUGCUUUGGCCAAAAUCGCUGCUGUAUCAAACCCUGAGAUCGCUUUUCCUGGAGAAAGAAUCUAUGAAGUGAUUCGCCCCCUCAUCAGUUUGCUGGAUACUGAAAGAGAUGGUCUUCAGAACUAUGAAGCUUUGCUGGGCCUCACAAAUCUGUCUGCUCUAAGUGACAAACUGAGGAAAAAGAUUAUUAAGGAGAAUUCACUUCCUGAAAUUGAGAACUACAUGUUUGAACAACAUGACCAAAUCCGAUUGGCUGCCACUGAAUGCAUGUGCAACUUGGCUAUCAGCAAAGAGGUGCAGGACAGGUUUGCAGCUGAAGGAAAUGACAGACUCAAGCUUGUUGUGUUACUGUGUAGUGAGGACGAUCCACCACUGCAGCGGGCAGCAGCUGGAACACUCGCCAUACUGACCACCGCACAGAAAUCAAUAUGUCACAAGGUGACAACAGUGACCACGCAGUGGCUAGAGAUUUUACUGAGGCUUUGCCUGCAUGAGAACAUGGAAGUACAACAUCGUGGAUUGGUGAUUGCCUACAAUCUAAUAAAUGCAGACAAGGAGCUGGCCAAAACAUUGAUUGAAAGUGAGUUGUUGGAGAUCAUGACUAUCAUUGGCAAAGCGGAAAACAAUAAAGAUCGACAGCACAUUAUUGACAUUGCCCGUGAAUGUCUUUCGAAGGCCAUGGACUAUGGAUUUAUCAAACCCAUCUCCUAAUUCAUGAACAAGCUGUGGUGUAAUUAAGGGACUAGAUGAAGUCAGCAGUCACCAUAGCAAUAAAGUCUGUAUAUUUUUCAAAAUCAUAAGUGAAUGGAAAAUUUGUACCAUUUUUCUGCUUUUGGGGUUGAUUUUAAAAUCCUGUUCACAUCACAUCACUGAAAGUAUAUUAGUAAUAAUUCAAGUUAGACAUGACUCAAAUGAUUUUCUAAAAAGAAAUAUAUUAUGUUUAAUAAUAUUGUGUAAAAGAUGGCAAGAUGGGUGUGUUGAUUUGAUUAGGGAGCAAUAUUACCACUCCUGGUUAAUGGGUAUAACUCGGCGUUUUGAGUUAAACAGGAAAAGCAGGCUUCUCUUUGGUUAGACACAUUUUCUUUGUGAAUAUAUUGGUGAAAAACUUACACAAAAAAAGAGCAACCAGCUGCUUUUUUUAAAAAAAAUCAUUGUAGCUACUGAGAAAAAGUAAACAAGUCACUGACAUUGUCUUUAUUUGCUAAAUGGCAGUUGAAAAUACUUUAGAUAAAAAAUAUCUUCUGCAUUUGUCCAGUAAAUCCGGUUAAAUUAAAAAUGUGUAAACAUUUUCUCUGGAGGCUGAAAGUACUACACAAAGUUUCUUAUUGCCUUAAAAUUCCUUAAAAUUGUACUCAGUCAAGCUAACAGAGGCGAACAGAUGCCACUGUGUAUAUAACUGCAAACAUUUUACAGUGUUUCCAUUUUAUUGAACAACAUAUUGUUUCAGCUUAUUGUCAAGGCUUAAGACUAGGAGUAAUGUACCUAAAUCCUCUAUCAGUCCUUGGUUUGAUUCCCACAUCUUUCAAUUGCAGACAGCAUAACCUAGAGUAAGCCUCUUCACCAGGCUGCGCUCCUGGGCUAAGCCUGAACUAGGCCCAAGUGGAUCAGUGCUGUGCUGUACUGUAGGUUACAUAUGUACUGAUUUUUUAUUUAUGUAAUGUUAAGUGGAAGAACUUUGUACACCUACAAAACUAGCUCCAAAAGGAACCUUCAGAUUCUCUGUAAAUCUGCCUCCAAAAAUGAAUAAAAACUCUGCACUGUAACCCCAAGUGUUUUUGCUUUAACCUUUAUUAGGAUAUGCUGCAUAUGUUUGAGCAAUGUAAUUCCAACACUAUCAAAGUAUGCUUCCUGAUUGUAUUAGCUCGUGAUACUUAUAUACAUACCAUCUAAUUUAAAUCUGUAAUUAAGAUGGCCCUUUAAAUUAUAUUAAUGUAGAUAAGAUUAGUGUAUUUUUGAAAUCCACUGUAAUCAUUUAAAUCUCUUAAAUACAUACUUCCUGUAAGUAGCUCAAUGCUUCAUACCUCUUACUUUUCCAUCCUUAACAUUUACUGCAAUGGUUAUAUGCUGCUAACGUGUGAUGGACGUUUAAGGGUAUGCCAUGUCGUCUGUAUCAGGCUGCAAACAUUUAACCAAAAACAGUGGUGGUUAAAGUACAACUUUCAUGACAGGCAAAAAAAAUGCAUGUAAUGAAUGAAAAAAAACAUAAGUAAAUAUUUGUAAUUUAGUAAUAGCUUGAAUAGGGACUAAUAUGAAUAUUUUUUUGUAGUGCUGUGUAUCAGAACACAGUAUGAUAAAUGAAGUACUUUAAAACCUACUCACACAUUAAUGUGACACAUUAUAUAAAUUCAGUAUGCCAUGUCUGACUGUGGGUAUGCUGGGCUUUACCCAUGUCUGGCUUCAUGAAAUUGGUGACACUGGCUUAAUCCUUGUAGCUAUACAAAGUUAGUUAUGAGUACAUUCCAUUGUAACUUACCCUGAAAUAUCAUAUUUUGCUCCAGUACUCUGACCUAUUGAAUCACAAGUAAAAAAUGACUUCUGGGUUAAAUUUCAAACUGUUAUAAAAGGGAAUGUUACCCCCCCCCCCCCACACACACACACACGACUUCUGGGCUAAAUUUCAAACUGUUAUAAAAGGGAAUGUUACCCCCCACACACAUACAUACAUUUUUUGUUUAGGGUCAGAUGUGUUUUUGGAAUUUAUGCUAGUGUGGACAGUCUAAAGGUAAUCCCAGCACCAACUCUAGGUUGGAGGUGGGAAUGAUCAAAGCUACCUACAUUCUGCUGUUUUUAUAAAAGCUUUUUUAUUUGUCUUUAAGUGAGUCACAGUAGAUAAAAUCCAGCAAAGUUACUAUGAAAUUCAUAGUUAGCCGAAUACAGAGAAGGACUUACACAAGAAAAUAAUUGAAUACUUAUCAAAAAGAGCUGCUUUUAAAUCUAAGUAUGAAACUUCAGGUGCCUUGCGACAGUGACAUUUAAAUAAGCAGAAAGAC